AUGAAGUUUACCCUCUGUCUGCCUACCUUGGCGCUUGCCACUGCCGCCCUCACAAUAACCGUGGCGCAUGCAUUUCCUUCGACAAUUGUACGCCGCCAGACCGACUCGCAAGGCUACUUCAGCCCAGCCACCAACGGAGGCUCCAUGCUGACCGGCAACACAGGAUCAGGUCAGGGCGAGCCCCUCAAUGUCAUCAUUUCAGGCCAAUCCGAUUCAGGCGUACUCUACACAGCCGGAUUCGAAGAAUUCGCCCGCUCCUUCUCUUUUUCGCCCGGCAGCUGUCUCAAUAUCAGCCAAGGAGGAUACCAGACCGCCAACCUUGGUGACGGCAACGGGGCCAAACCGCAGACCAACAUUAUGCGAUACAACUACAAGCAGGGAGAUGGCGGAACGUGCAUCGAAUCGCUCAAGGGCGGCAAUCAUUUCAGGUAUUGGAUCCAGAACGGCACUGCUGCCAACUCGGGUGCCAUCUUUAUCGCUGCCAGUGUCGAGCUUAAUGCGACAUUGGGACAUAUGAUCGCGCCCAACGGUUACGACGAUGGAAGGGAUGAGUUGGUGGGCAACGCUACGGCGGGCACUCUGACCAGCCCCGGCGGCUUCCAGUACACGGUCAGCAGGACCACCAACACGCAGCUCCUAAGCGGAUUGUCGGCGAGCCAAAUCAACCACGAUAUCGGCGUCGAUGGCACAGUCGACGUGCUCACGGUCAGGAUCACCAAGAAUGGAACCAUCGGUGGCAGCUCGUCCAGCUCCGGAUCUUCGGGCAACGGAGGUAGCGUCAGCACGCCUCAAUCCGGUGCAGCCUCGCCCCGCUCGAGCAGCGCGCUCAAGAUCAGCAUGGCCGCGCUCAGCAUCGCUUUGGGUAUCUUCGUGCUGAUGUAG